AUGUCUGUAUUACAUCAACACCAUGAAUUCAAAGUUACAGAUCCUAGAGAUCCAAUGCAAAAUUUUGAUGAAUUUCACAAGAAAACAUUUGGUGACUCUACAACAUCUUCAUUUCCAAAUCAAGCAACAUCACUCCUUCAACAACAUUUUCCAGAACAUUCACAUCAUUUCAAUGAAUUUAAUCAAAAGAUGAUGGAAAUUCAUUCACUUGAUCCAUUUUCUGAAGAAUGGCGUGUUAAAAUGAAUGAAAUUCAUAACAAUAUAGCACCUGGAUGUCAUGGAAGUUUAACAAAUAAUCAUUUUGAUUCUCAAGGAAAUUUUUAUUCUGUCCUAAAUAUGGGUGAUUUUAAACCUGAAGAAAUAAAUAUUGAGCUUAAAGGUAAUAACCUUCACAUUAAUGCUCAACACAAAGAAGACAGUCAAUCAAAUCAUAUAAGUAACUGUUUUACUCAUGAAAUUUAUAUUCCAUCAACAAUUGACAUGAAUACACUUAAGACAAAUUUAAAUUCUAAAGGACAAUUAAUUAUUGAAGCAUGUGCUCUUCAAAAAAAACUUAACUAA